UCCAAGCAAGCAAUGAAUAAUUCCUCUGUAAUUUCAGUCUUUUUCCUUUCAGGUUUGAAUGAAACAAGACACAUCAGAUCAGCUCUCUUUUUCCUCAGUUUGUUGUGUUACUGCAUAAUUAUCCUGGUAAACGUGUCUCUUAUUCUGAUUAUCAUUUUUGUUAACAGCCUCCAUGAACCAAUGUACAUUAUGUUGUGUGCUUUUUGCAUGAAUGGACUUUAUGGGACAGCAGGUUUCUACCCCAAAUUUCUGUGGGAUCUGCUCUCUCCUGUUCAUAUCAUCUCUUACUCUGGAUGCCUCAUUCAGGUACAAGUAAUGUAUUCCUUUGCCUGCAGUGAUCUGUCAAUCCUUGCAGUCAUGGCAUAUGACAGGUAUGUGGCUAUUUGUCGCCCUCUGGAGUACAACUCUGUCAUGUCAAAGCAAAGGGUUGUUAAGUUAUUGUGUUUUUCUUGGUUAACACCUUUCUGUAUUGUAGGAACAAAUAGUUUUCUGACAUCUAGACUGAAGUUGUGCAACUCAUUUAUUCCCAGAGUUUUCUGUGUGAAUUCGAGUGUUGUGGCACUUGCCUGCUUUCCCUCACAAACUAUUAUUAAUGGGAUAGUUGCAAACAUCACUAUAACCAUUUAUGUUUUUCAUGUUUUUUUGAUAAUUUGGUCCUACGUGUAUCUCAUUAAAACGUGCGCUAAUUCUAUAGAAAACAGAGCUAAGUUCAUGCAAACAUGUGUACCACAUUUAAUGUCUUUAUUAACUUUUGCUGUGACCAUCCUUUUUGACAUCAUGACAAUACGAUUUAGUUCCAAAGAAUUUCCUCAAUCCCUCCAAAACUUUAUUGCAAUAGAAUUUCUUGUCAUACCUCCCAUCAUGAAUCCUCUCAUUUAUGGUUUCAAGUUGACCAAAGUUCGGAAAAGGAUUCUUAAACUUAUUAGUUUUACACUAAGUUAA